UGAAAACAAAGGAAAAAUACCAGCGUAAAUUCACGCUCGUCUCGCCCAUUUGUACAAACGGGGCCUUAGUGAACCCAAAUAUAGUCAGACUUGCCUAUGUGACAUUCGGACGUUUUCGUUUUAUUUUGAGAAUUAUCUGGCGAUACUGACGAAUAUUUGCAAUUUUUUCAGUUCCGCAAAUAGCACGCAGUUGUAUUUUUAGUUCGAAGGAAAAAGAUGACAACAAAUGUCGACGAAGAACAAGCCUUGCGAGAAUGUGAGGCGUACGUACAAGCUCACAACAUACCGCAAAUCCUCAAAGAUUGCAUCGUGCAACUCUGCAUGAACCGCCCAUCCAACCCCAUCGUCUACCUGAGGGAGCACUUCCAGAAGCUCGAACGCGAACAAGCCCUCGACGCCAAGCAGCAAAUCAUGUCCCCCGAAGACACCGAAGACCUCUCGCCGUUGCCCAGUCACACCCAGCAGCCCGCCCGCCGGCGGGGCGGCAUCUCCGCGGAGCCCGUCACCGAGGAGGACGCGACCAGCUACGUGAAAAAAGUCGUGCCCAAAGACUACAAAACCAUGGCCGCCCUCUCAAAAGCCAUCGCCAAAAACGUCCUCUUCUCCCAUCUGGACGAGAACGAACGAUCCGACAUCUUCGACGCCAUGUUUCCAGUCAACUGUCUUCCGGGCGAGUCGAUCAUCCAGCAAGGCGACGAAGGAGACAACUUCUACGUGAUCGAUCAAGGCGAAGUGGAGAUCUACGUGAACAACGAACUGGUUACAACCAUCGGUGAAGGCGGCAGCUUCGGGGAAUUAGCUCUGAUAUACGGCACUCCUCGAGCAGCCACCGUUAAGGCCAAGACUGACGUCAAGCUGUGGGGCAUCGACCGCGAUUCCUAUCGCAGGAUCCUCAUGGGCUCGACUAUAAGAAAGAGGAAGAUGUACGAGGAGUUCCUGUCGCGCGUUUCGAUACUCGAGAACUUGGAUAAAUGGGAACGGUUGACGGUUGCUGAUGCUUUGGAGCCGGUUAGCUUCGAGGACAACGAAACUAUCGUGUGUCAAGGGGAGGCCGGUGAUGAUUUCUACAUAAUCGUUGAGGGUACUGCUAUAGUGAAACAGAACCGGGCUGAGGGAGAGGAACCCACCGAGGUCGGUCGGUUAGGACCCAGUGAUUAUUUCGGAGAGAUUGCGCUGUUGCUGGAUCGACCGAGGGCUGCUACUGUUGUGGCUAGUGGUCCCCUUAAAUGUGUCAAAUUGGAUAGGGCCCGGUUCGAGCGAGUGUUGGGACUUUGCGCCGAUAUUUUAAAGAGAAAUAUUACUCAGUAUAAUAGUUUUGUGUCGCUCUCCGUUUAACAACGUUGGUUUUAUAUUUUACUAAACCGAAUGAGCCAAAUUUCGAAAAUUUCUGUUUUUCAUUUUAUAAUAUAAAUCU